AUGCUGAGUAUUAUGAAGACCGAUAGUUAUGUGGAGCUGAGCCAGUACCGGGACCAGCAUUUCAAGGGGAAAAGAGAAGACCAAGAGAAACUUUUGAAACUUAGCUGCACUUUAUAUGUUGGAAACCUCUCCUUUUAUACAACAGAAGAACAAAUACAUGAAUUAUUCAGCAAGAGUGGAGAUGUGAAGAAGAUCGUUAUGGGUCUGGAUAAAAUUAAGAAAACUGCCUGUGGCUUCUGCUUUGUAGAAUACUACACCAGAGGUGACUCUGAAAAUGCCAUGAGAUUCAUCAAUGGUACUCGCUUAGAUGACCGGAUUAUCAGAACAGACUGGGAUGCUGGCUUUAAAGAAGGAAGGCAGUAUGGACGUGGCAAGUCGGGUGGCCAGGUCAGAGAUGAGUAUCGUAAAGAUUAUGAUGCAGGAAGAGGAGGCUAUGGUAAAGUUGUACAGACUUUUUGA